UCGGGGCGGCGACUCCCGGAGCGGCGGGGGGUGGGGAGGAGGCGCUAUGGCCGACGUGUUCCCGGGCUCCGAGCCCGGCGCCGACCCGGAGGCGGCGCGGCGCUUCGCUCGCAAGGGCGCCCUGAGGCAGAAGAACGUGCACGAGGUGAAGGAGCACAAAUUCAUCGCGCGCUUCUUCAAGCAGCCCACCUUCUGCAGCCACUGCACCGACUUCAUCUGGGGAUUUGGGAAGCAAGGAUUCCAGUGCCAAGUUUGCUGUUUUGUGGUUCAUAAGAGGUGCCAUGAGUUUGUUACCUUCUCCUGUCCUGGGGCUGACAAGGGACCUGACACUGAUGAUCCCAGAAGCAAGCACAAGUUCAAGAUCCACACCUAUGGGAGCCCCACCUUCUGUGACCAUUGCGGGUCGCUGCUCUACGGGCUCCUGCACCAGGGGAUGAAAUGUGACACCUGUGAUAUGAACGUUCACAAGCAAUGUGUGAUAAACGUCCCGAGCCUCUGUGGCAUGGACCACACAGAGAAGAGAGGAAGGAUUUAUCUGAAAGCUGAAGUCACUGGUGACAAACUGGAAGUUACAGUGAGAGAAGCAAAAAACCUCAUUCCCAUGGAUCCAAAUGGACUUUCAGAUCCUUAUGUCAAGCUGAAGCUCAUCCCAGAUCCUAAGAAUGAAAGUAAACAAAAAACAAAAACCAUCCGUUCGACCCUGAAUCCUGACUGGAAUGAGUCUUUCACGUUUAAAUUAAAACCUACAGACAAAGAUCGCCGGUUAUCCGUCGAGGUCUGGGACUGGGAUCGAACAACCAGGAAUGAUUUCAUGGGAUCUCUCUCUUUCGGGGUGUCAGAGCUUAUGAAAAUGCCAGCCAGUGGAUGGUACAAGCUGCUGAAUCAAGAAGAGGGAGAAUAUUACAACGUUCCAAUUCCAGAUGCUGACGAAGAUGGAAACGCAGAGCUCCGACAGAAGUUUGAGGACUGUCAUGUAAAUAUCCACUUCUUCAAGAAAGCCAAACUUGGGCCAGCUGGUAACAAAGUCAUUACUUCAACAGAAGACAAGAACUCAAGUGUGCCGUCCAACAAUCUGGACAGGGUGAAGCUGACAGAUUUCAACUUUCUCAUGGUUCUUGGAAAGGGGAGCUUUGGGAAGGUGAUGCUGGCAGACAGGAAGGGCACAGAGGAGCUCUACGCAAUCAAAAUCCUGAAAAAGGACGUGGUGAUCCAGGAUGAUGAUGUGGAGUGCACCAUGGUUGAAAAACGAGUCCUGGCACUGCAGGAUAAGCCCCCGUUCCUGACACAGCUCCACUCUUGUUUCCAGACAGUUGACCGGCUGUAUUUUGUGAUGGAGUAUGUCAAUGGUGGCGAUCUCAUGUAUCACAUCCAGCAAGUAGGAAAAUUUAAGGAGCCACAAGCAGUGUUCUAUGCAGCUGAGAUCUCAAUUGGGUUAUUCUUCCUCCAUAACAAAGGGAUUAUUUAUAGAGAUCUGAAAUUAGAUAACGUGAUGUUGGAUUCAGAAGGACACAUUAAAAUUGCUGAUUUUGGGAUGUGCAAGGAGCACAUGUUAGAUGGAGUAACAACCAGGACCUUCUGUGGCACUCCAGACUACAUUGCACCAGAGAUUAUUGCGUACCAGCCCUAUGGGAAGUCGGUGGAUUGGUGGGCAUAUGGUGUGCUGCUCUAUGAGAUGUUGGCUGGCCAGCCUCCAUUUGAUGGGGAAGAUGAAGACGAACUCUUCCAGUCCAUAAUGGAGCAUAAUGUUUCCUACCCAAAAUCGCUGUCCAAAGAAGCUGUCUCCAUCUGCAAGGGGCUAAUGACUAAACAUCCUGCAAAACGCCUUGGCUGUGGCCUGGAAGGUGAAAGAGACAUCAGGGAACACGCUUUCUUCAGGAGAAUUGACUGGGAAAAAUUGGAGAGCAGAGAGAUUCAGCCACCUUUCAAACCUAAAGUGUGCGGCAAAGGGGCUGAAAACUUCGAUAAGUUCUUCACACGAGGACAGCCGGUGUUGACGCCUCCAGAUCAGCUGGUCAUUGCCAACAUAGACCAAACGGAUUUUGAAGGGUUCUCUUACGUCAACCCCCAGUUCGUGCACUCCCUGGUAGAAAAUGUAGCAUGAAACAGCAGAACAAAUCCCGCCGCGGGGAACAGUUGUAACCCUACAAUUUUUAGGCUUUCGCCUUGUUGAUUCCAUUUGGGCCUGGAAAUUGUAGGGUUAGAGGGUGUAAGAUGAGGGAAGGGCCACUCAGUCAGGAUUUGGGCUUUGCAGAUGUUGUCUUAACAGGAGAUAAAUUAGUGCACGGUGCCCACUUUUUCUUCUAGGAGUCGCCACUGACUUGUUGAAACUUACCCGUGUUUGGUACGUUCUAUAUUUUGUAACUUCCCACUGUCCUUUUGCUCCCUUUUCCACUCUGUUGUGUUGGAAAAGCGUCUGACACGUGGUCUGAAGGAGAAGCCACCUCGAGUGUUCAUUCCUUGGGGGCGGAUGCCGGGAGGUGGGAGCGUCAUCCCCGCGCUCCCAGGAGACCUCGGGGACAGAUCCAGAGACUGAGCGGGGUCAGCUCCAGAGGGGAGAGGCAUUGCAAAAACAUUGCGGAAAGCGUUUGCAAAAUACGGCAGGAAAAAAAAAGAAAUAGUUGGGAAUGGGUGGGAGGGGGAACGAAAUCAAAUUAGACCCUGAGGCCUGGCGAACCGAUGCUGUAAGAUCCCAAAUAAAAGCGCUCCGGUGGUGGCCGCAUCUCUAGGAUUUGUGCUAAGAGUAGCAUGUGAUAAACUCAAGGGUGAAAUUUUGUCUUUAAUAAUAAUGAUAAUAAUAUAAUUACGAUGAUAAUAGUAAUAAUUUUAAUAAUACUUUUGUGAAUUUUUAAUCUCCAUGAGAUUAUUCUGUGAUCCAGGGUGCCAUUGUCUGUUCAGUUGGUUUAAUUUACACCACUCCUCAAGUUUACUGUUAACUGGUUCUAAUACCAAGAUUUUACUAUGAAAUUUAUUAACCUGGAAUAUAAAACAAAACUGUAAUUCCUUGAAUCUUAUUUACGUGUGUUUAUUUAUAGUCUGCAGUGUAGGGCAGUAAAUUGAAGAAAGCAUUAUGUAUACUAAAUUAACAAAAAAUGCAGCCCCGAGUGACUUCCUGAUUUCUCCAGAAUAACUCAUGAAAAUCAAGUGAGAUUUAGUCUUAAAUAAUCAGUUCUAAUUCAGAAAACUUAGGGCUGUAGAAUAAUCAAACCUGAAAGAAGCAGCACCUAAAACUCGUUUUAUUGGUAGAAUGGAAUUUAAUACAUUUUACAUAUGCUUCAUGCAAUGAAUUUUGCAUGUUUAGUAAUAACUCUUAAUAAUAAGGGUUAAUAAUAAGCAGAUCUAUAUUAUUGACAUAACCGUAUCAAGCAUAAAGAGUAUUAUAAAAAUUUUAUAAAACAACUUGUGCUUUAUUUGUGGAAGUUCUUGUUCUGAAUGACACCAUUUAGAUUUAGCUAAAUGUUUUCUUGCUAUUGUUUUGAUUUUUACUUUAGGUUUUGAAUAUUGUUACUGGCUUAGGGUAUAAUCUCUUUUUUUUUAAAGUAGAUAUACUUUUAAAUAAUAAUCGCUACCUGCAGGUUUUAUACGAGGUUCAAUUAGGCUUUCAUUUCACAUCUGCUUAUUACUUGCAGAGAAGGAAAUAGACUUUAUUUGCAAUGAUGAACACUGUAAUUAAUGCAAUCUUCUCCUCUCCUAUCACUUAGAUUAAAAAUUUUGAUAUUUCCUCUUACAACUUACCAGAUGAUAUUAACUCAGAUAUCAGUAAAUAAUGUUUUGUGCAUAUUUUGGUUUUGUUACAGCAUGUAAAAUAGUAGUCGGUGCAUUUCCCCCUUUUUUUUUCCCUCCUGCCUUGAUCCCAUUAGCAGCCACAGGCCCUUUUUGUCUGUCAGAUGUGCAUGAUGAUGCCAGAAGCAUGAUGUCUCUGUUGCUGCAUGCAGACUGAGUACAAUUUUUCCAGCAUGUAAACCUAUUCAAAAAAGUAAGAUAUUUGCCAUAAAAUACUUCAAUUUAUACUAGAACAUGUAAUGGGGUGGGGUGGGCAGGGGAACCUACUUUUUAAUUAUCUUUUAUGACAAUAAAACGUGGAACCUGUGCCAAAGAUUCUGUCAGAAAGAUCCAGUCCUGCCAGGUGGGAGCCAGAGGGGUGGGUUGGACCUGGGGGCUGACCUGGCUCCGUUGGGAAGUUGUUGAGGGAAGCGUGGCUGGAUGCGAAGAGCGACUGUGUCGAGCUUCUGCACCUGCAGGGCCCUUGGGAAACGUGGGUUCGAGGCCAGGAUGUGCAAUUUCCACACUCCAGGAGUCCAGCUGUUGCCCUGUCUCAGUCCUUUCGUGCCCCCAGCUCCCACCAGGAGCAUCUUGGAGUGAUCAAACCCUGACAUUCCAAGGUGUAGCUCACGAGGGGCGUUGGGCAGCUGACAGGAACCCAGAUCAUUGCCUAGACAAACAGGACUCCAAUCUUCUCAGACAUUUUCGGAGCAAAAUUUUUAAACUUCUGUGUCAAAUAUGCUGUCAGCCAAGACUGGGAGUUCAUUUUCUCCUUUGUGUAUUAAGUACUUCAAAAACAGUGGUAUUCACCAUAAAGCAUGUGGCCUAAUGCAGCAUUCAUUACUUUUUUUCUUUUUUCUGAUUAUUAUUAGCCUGACAACGUUUAGUAAAAUCUGGGUAGAAGUCAAGCUGUAGAAGAUAAUAGACUGAACUAAGAUAACGGAUUACUGAGUCUCAGAUGUUAGUAAAGAAGGGGCUCUCAUCUAUGCCAGUCUGCCAAGAGGCGCCAUUGUGCUCGUUUUUAAAAUGUGAAAUGAAAAAGACACUUUUGAAAAAGGAAAAUACUGGGAGAAAUACCAGCAUACAGGUUUGGGGAGUAAGCAAAGCAGAACGGGGGCAGAACUGAACCAAGGCAGAAGCUCCCCUGGGUAGAUGUUCCCACAGUUCUGUUUUCCUGAUGAAAUCUGGAUUUUCCAAGGAAGUCCCAUUGCUGGCACAGCGGUGACCAUCAGUGCUAUUCACACCAGGACACGGUGGCACACGGCUGGUCUGGCACUGGGACAGGGGACAGACCUGCUCAUUUUUUGGCUACUUCUCACUCCCAGUUUCUUCAGCCUUUAUGAUUGUCUCCCAGUUUUUCUGACGUAGAAGCAGAAAUUCCUCUCUAACGCCGUUACCUCAGGUCCCCGGGCUUGUGACGUGUGUGCUGUCUUCUGGAGGUUUCUGUAACACUUAGGAAAAGGUUCUGUGAACUCAAGGAUCCUGCAGGAGCAAGGCAGGGUUGGAUAAGGCAGGGAUUAGUUGUGUUACCCCUCACUGCUCUUCCCAAUGCCCUCACAUGCUCUGACCUUUCCCGAGAGCUCCCGCUGGCUGCUCAGAAUCCAGAAACUUAAAAUGGCAAGGAAAACCUGAAGAAUCCAGCCAGAAUUUUCAUAUCUUUUUAGAGACAGAUGUUAUUUAUAUAAUAUUUUUCACAAGAUUUGGUUUUUCUAGAGAACAUGUAUCAACAGAAGGAGAGGCAUUAGAGCUGCUUCUCUUUCACUCGUGUUCGAUAGCAAGUGUAAUCCCAACACCCACGUUGCCACCAAGAUUCCCAAAAGGCAAAUUGAAAAUUGUACUGCUUUAAAGCUGGGGUGGAAGUUUUGGGAGCUGUGAUUGAAAAUUGUACUGCACUGAACCUGGGGUGGAAGUUUAGGGAGCUGUGAUUGAAAAUUGUACUGCACUGAACCUGGGGUGGAAGUUUUGGGAGCUGUGAUUGAAAAUUGUACUGCACUGAAGAUGGGGUGGAAGUUUUGGGAGCUGUGUUUCCAUCCCUGUUCUCCAGUCCCAGAUGGUUCCAGGGCAGCCCCACUCCUGCCUGUCACAGGUCUGCCCUGUAAAACUUCCAAGGGGUUUUCAGGGAUCAGAUGGGAUUUACCUGGCUCCUAGGCAAAUUUUGUCAUUAUUCAGGCAUCUGGAUGCUUUUGUGCACCUUUGAGUGACCAGAGCAGGGUGGUGGGAUUCCAGGACAAGCAUUUCACCCAGCGGCCAGGGUCAGUGCCCUGAGCAAGGUUACCACAUAUGUGAGAAGGAGAGAGCACAUUCCCAUGGUAAAAUACUCCUUAAUCCAGCUUAGAGGAAAAAUUCAGUUUAGCUUUCUGAUUGUUCAUUCUUUCCAGAAAUACAAUUGAAUUUCCUUUUACAAACUGAAGAAAGUUGUUCUGGAAAUCGGCAGUUGUUUAAAAAAACCUCAUCACAUCUGAAUGCUGCUGGCCUUUGAAACCCAUCCUGCCUUUUGGGGUGAAUCCAAACCAAUAAUGCUGAGCUUCUAUGAAAUUGAUAAGGUCGAGCAAGAGAGGAACUUGUCUUCUAGCUGGAAAGAUGACAUGUCCAAGGAUGGAGUGGUACCAGUUGAAAAGUGUUUUCUGAGCUGGUGCCUCUGGAUGCAGUCCCAGUUAAAUGCCAUAGGAGACACAUGCAGUGAGCAGGGGGGCAGAUCCUCCUUAGCAAAGCAUAGCAUUGGAAAUAAUUAAUAAUAAUAAUCAUCAUCUUAAUAAUAGUCCAAUAAUAAAGUUUUGAUACGAGUAGAAAGCAUGUUUACAGUAGGCUUUUGGACCUGCCAGGAAACUUCUGGAAAUAUUUAAUGUGAUUUUCAGUUCUUUUAGUCGUUAGCAUAAGUUAUUGUGCAUAGGGUUUUUUUGUCUCUUUGCAAACGUGAGUGUGGGCCGUGUUUGAUGUGUCCCCUCUGUAGGAGGGCACUGAGCUGCCAAGUAGUCAAGAAGUAAACAAACUAAAAAGCACUUUUUUCCCUCGGCCCCGCGCUCCCAGAUGGGAUCUGAAAUGGCUGAGCUGCAGAAAUAAGUAAGAUUUGACUCCAUAACCGUGCACGGUUCCCUCCCUGUGCCAGUAACAAUUGGGAAUUCAAUAGCCUUAUCAUGAAUAAUCAUCGUGCACUACAGCCCUCCUGUUCCCAGGAAAACCUUGAGAGGGAGAGGGCAGCUUGUUAACCUCCCUGCCUCACUCACCUCACCUGUGGAACGGGGUGAAAAACACCUCCUGACCCCACAGGGAGGGGUGAGGACUUCUUAGGCAAUGUUUCUAAUUCACUUUUAACCUGAAAAGAGUUGUGUAAUUAUUAUUAUGAUUUUUAAUAUUAAAUCAGCUUCUUGGAUUCACAUGGUACUGCUGGCUAUACCAUGCUGUUUCUACUUUUUUAUAGAACUUUAGUAACUCUGCUGAAACCGUUUGAAGAGAAAUAAAAUCAGAUCUGAUAACGUUUCUUACAGAAUCUGGAGUCCAGCUUUUGUACCUGGAGUCAGGCUGUGGCGGGGAGUGAUGCUUGCUGAUUGUGUCGGUCAGCUGCACUUACCUCUUUUCCAGCUACUGAGAUUUUUAUGUGCAAUUUAAAAAUUCCAUGUCGAUGGAAGUCUUAGCAGAACUGGUUCUUGGAGGGGGAGAUUCCCUUUGGGUAAAUAAAGACAGCACGGCUGUUUUUUAGUACCAUUUUUACUGACUCCUGCUGAAGGAGGAGCUCUGUUCUUUGUGCAGCUGGUCCGUCCAUGACAGGUCGAUAUUUUCUGUUGAUAUUUUAAUGUGCUUCUGUGUUGUAAAUGUGUCUUUGUGCUUUGUUGUGGUUCUUUUCCCCCUUUGUCUGUGACACCGUGGUUCAAAUUUAAAAGAAAACUGCUCCAGAAACUGUUUAUUUCUUCCACUGAUGUCAGUUGACCUAAAUAAAUAAAUUAAGUCUGUUAAUGAUUUGAAGCAGUGCAGGAUGAGUAGCAACAACAUUGACACUCAGCUGCUGCUGAAGCUCAUUUCUCACUCUGGUUACAUUGGUCACUCUGCAGCUGAUGCUUUCAUUAGUUUUAUAAUUACUAAUGACAGGGUCGUUUAAACAGAAAGGAAAAUGAUGUUCAUGAGCUUUACAAACAUUUUCCUGAGAAGUAUUUGAAUUUUUUUUCUUUCUCUCUGAGCCCCUUGAGGUGACAGUGCCACGGGCUCCAUCCUUCAGAGCUUCACACACUCCUGGCUUGGCACCCAGGGAGCCACGGAGCUCCCUGGGUGCUGAGUGCUGGGCUGAGAGCCCCAAGUCACUGAAAACAUGAAUUAUAUUAUCAAUUUAGAAAUUUAUAAAUUCUAUCAAUUUAUAAAACCCGAAUUAUAUUAUGUGUUUGCACCCACUGUUGGCCUUGGAGUAUAAAAGCAAUGUUCUUGCAGGGGUGAUAAAAACUUCAUCUAUGGCUCAUUCCCCAAACCUUUCAUUUGUUCUCUCCCAUGUUAUCAAAAUGAAUGUUAAAAAAAAAAAGAAAUUUCAAAAAAAUGAAGCUUGUUGGCUCUUUUUAAAAUGUGCAUUUCCCAGCUCUCUGUGGUUUUGCACAACAAUACAGAGAACACCUGAAACCUCUCAAAUGACUGUAUGCUACUUUAUUUUUUUUUUUUAAAAAUGGACUAAUGCCACCUUGAGCUCAUUAAUAUUUUUAAUAUUAUUUGAAGACCCAAAUGUUGUUUUUGUAUGGAGGAGAACAUUAUUUAUUUUCAUAUCAUUUAUCUGCAAGAUGCUACCAGAAAAUUUGGAGAGGCCAUUCAUUUUUCAGAAGAUUUUUUUUAAAAAAAUAGCUAUUGAAAGUGUAGUGGACAAGACUGAUGUACAAAUUACAGCAUCUUUUUUUGUCUGUUUGUUUCAUAACUCGCAGUAUCUCCAAUCUUUGUUUGCAUGAAAUGCUUUUGUUAAAUAUUAAUUGUAGUUUCAAAGCAAGUGUGUAUGAAUAAAAAUACUGAUCAUUA